GUUUUGGCAUCCACGUGUCCGAUCGCUCGUCCCACGGAAUGAUACAACUGACUCGUGUUCUUUCUGAUUAAACAUGUAUGUCAGGAACAUUUGCCCUGUGAUUUUACGUUCGUUGACCGAAUUAUAACAACAGCAACCUAUAUGAGUCCAUUGGUGGAAUACAUUCAAGUGUGUGUCUACCAAAAAGACAGGUGGGGGUGGCGGACGAAAAGAGUUCUCAAGACACUCGUAUCACAGACAUAAACACGACUGUCUGAAGGAGGUCAUUCAGCCUACACUCCUGUGAUUAACCAGUAAGAUAUUACUAGGGUGAAUAUAAUCUACUAGAUUUUCAUAGCCCAUCAAGAACUACUACUACUACAUAUACAUAUACGAACCGACCCUAUGAGACAACUUGGGAAGAAAAGGGUGGGAAGAGAGGCUGAAAACAAAACGUGACUCAAGGAGGAUGCUGAGCCACACUCGUCUUAAAGUGUGUGUGGUGGUAGCAGCAGUAUGCUGGUUUGCACUCCUGAUCUAUGUCAUGUCAUCCUUACGAGGACAACCAGGGGGUCCAGCAGAUUCCACAAAGCACAUAGAUACCUUGAGGCAAGCAGGAAACAUUGCACUUGCCCGGGUGGCUAAAAGUCAGGCAUUGCUGAGUGAGUUCUUGCAGCAUGCAUGGAAGGGAAAUGUCUCCCUCAACCACUCACAAUCCUUCAACAGACAUGUCUCAUCAUCCAGACUCACCUCAGGUGGCAAGGACAUACUGAAGGUGGUGGUGUCAGGGGAUGCAGAUAGCCUGCUUGGGGUGAUGGCAAUGAUGAACAGUGUGGCUACCAACACCCAUCAUCCCCUUCACUUCUAUGUCACUCUGCCCAGUGCCGUCAUACCUCACUUCAAUAAGUGGAUAUCUCAGACCAAGCUGCGCACUGCUGGUCUCACUGUGAAGCCCCAUCCACCUAAAGUGCCACAAAAAAGGUCCCACUAUGCCAAAAUCUACAUCAAGAAUAUAUUUCCCAACCUGAAGGGCAGUUUUGUCUACCUUGAUCCAGACAUCAUUGUACAAGGAGACAUAUCAGAACUUCUGAACACUCCUAUCAUCACCUCCCAGUUUGGUGCCUUUACAAAGGAUUGCUUCUCAACCUCCAGGCACCUCAGCCUUACCCAUCAGUACUAUUCCUUCCACCUCAACUUGCUUCACCCGGCCAUCCAUGCCCUUAAGAUCCAUCCCAAUACUUGUGUUCCCAAUACUGGAGUCUUUGUGAGUCAGAUGCACCUUUGGGCCAAUGCCUCUCACCAGAUGCAAGAAUUGAUCAGUAGCAGCACCAUCAAUGAACCAAUCCAUUCUUCUAUGGCUGAUGAGGGAGAAGCAGCUGUGUUAGCUGUGAUAUAUGGCCACAUGGCUCCCUUGCCUCGUGUCUGGCAUCUCCCUGACCUAGGUCUGAAGGCCCGGAUCAGCUACUCCAAACAUUUUGUCCAGUCUGCCAAGCUCCUGCACUGGAAUGGCCACUUUAAGCCUUGGUCACGCAAAGCUGCUUUCUCUGAUGUCUGGCUGCGCUAUUACUUGGCUGACCCAAGUGGCAAAUAUCGACCAGCUAGAAUCUCUCUUUAAUGCAUAUAGUAUUAUCAGUCAGUUUUCCUCAUUCAGUAUUAUUCCAGCUGUAAAUGUAGUGUGUUAUACUUUUUCUGGUUGCAGGACUUAUCUUUCAAACCUCAUUCAUAAGUGCAUAAUGAUAACUUCAGUCAUAUCUUUUGUAAUUAUCAUUAUGAUUAAACAACUUGAGCAUGCACAUUUCACAACCAAGAAGUCUCCUGCUAAGUGGAGAUAAUAUGGGUUGAUUUUUCAUGUUGUAGUUCCUUGUCUUGAGCUACAGCACAAGAGUACAAACCCAAGUGAAAAGUUGCAUUUCCACUGUCUAUUAGAGGUGGAAGGCCAGCAAUCUAUCCUAUAUGUGUGUGUGGGUGUGGAUGUGUGUGUGGUGUGGGUUAAUGUGUGCAUGUGGGCAUACAUAUGUAUGAAGAGAUACUACAAGUGGCCAGAAAUGUCUUGUGCCAAACUAGUAGUAGCAGUCAUACAAGGUCUAAGGGCCCAUAUAUGAUAAUGUAUUGUCUAUGCAUGGCUGAGGAAAUGAAUCCUAGACUUCUCAGUUGUAAGAUGAGCAUAGUGACCACUACACCACCAAAGUGUUGUUUGAAUAAUUAAAAUAAUGCACCUUGAGUAUAGAAUAACAUGUUAUAAUCAUGUGGUUAUCACUGUGGUCACAUGAUAUACUAAUUUAAUGGUCAUAAUCUCAUCCUUUUUUGUAAAAUAGAAGUUUUACAUGCAGACUAUCACUGAGGUUACAUGACAUACCAAUUUAGUGAUCAUAAAUUCACCCUUUUAAAAUAGAAGUUCCACAUAUACCCAAGUCAGCCUUCUUCACCAGUGUAUAGGCAGGAAAAGGGAGAGGGGAGGUUCAUUAGUCAGGUGAUAUACUGAUUGAUCUCUUAGUGAGAGUUCUAACAUGCAAGACAGAACAGCAGGGUUCAAUAAAAGACAUCUGAACAA